ACGCAGAUGCUCAACAACCAUUUGCAUCAUGGGAAUACAUUAUUUAUCAACGCAGUUAACUGUAAGUCAAAACUUGCCGAUAUGGAAACGAUGUACAAAAACACAACAGCAGAUGUGACGUUGAAAGAGUUCGAAUUUGUCCGAAACAAACAAAUGUCAGAGUUGUUGAAAGCUGCUGAACCGUUAGGAAGUCUGAAGUUUUGUCAGAUUGAACCCGGAAUUAAACGUUUUACAAAAAGUGAGUUUGUGGUUGGUUCUCGUGUACGCCGUGGUCCGGACUGGAGUCGCGUGUAUGGAAAUCAGGGUGGUGGAAGACCAGGCACAAUAACAAGAUUUAAUUCAAGAGGUUGGACAGAAGUGAAGUGGGAUAAUGGACAAAAUUAUUUUUACCGUGUUGGACAACUCAACUCGUACGAUCUUGAAAUCAUUUAGUUACUGUGUCCAAAAAGACACAAUUACAAACAAAACUACAUUAGUAUUUAAAACUGCAGUUGUAUAGACUAAUUUCUAUCUUAUAAUGAUAUUAUUAUUAUAAUACCGGUAUUAUCUUAAAACUUUAUAUCUUAACGAA